AUGUGUGUAUCUCUCCCGGACGCCUGUUACCUGUGGAAAGCUGAAUGUCGGGGUGACCGUGGCCGGCCGCCCCCAGUAGCCCAAAUUGUGGCGGAUCCUUGUGCCAGCAACCCUUGUCACCAUGGCAACUGCAGCAGCGACCGCGGGGGCUACCUCUGCAUGUGCACCGACGGCUAUGAAGGCCCCAACUGCGAGCAGGCGCCUGCCAGCCUCCCGGCCUCCGGCUGGACCGAGUCGGCGGCUCCCAGGCAGCUGCAGCCGGUCCCUGCCACCCAGGAACCCGCCGGCAUCCCGCCCCGCUCCCAGGCCACCGUCACCCUGCCCACCUGGCAGCCGAAAACGGGCCAGAAGGUGGUAGAAAUGAAAUGGGAUCAAGUAGAGGUGGUUCCAGAUAUUGCCUGUGGGAACGCCAGUUCCAACAGCUCUGCCGCGGGCCGGCUGGCAUCCUUUGAAGUGCCUCAGAAUGCCUCAGUCAAAAUCCGGCAAGAUGCCACUGCCUCGCUGAUCUUGCUGUGGAAGGUCACGGCCACGGGAUUCCAGCAGUGCUCCCUCAUAGACGGCCGGAGCGUGACGCUCCUCCAGGCCCCCGGGGGCCUUGUCCUCCUGGAGGAGAUGCUGGCCUUGGGGCCCAAUCACUUCAUUGGUUUUGUGAAUGAUUCCGUUAGUAAAUCCAUCGUGGCUCUGCGCUUGACCCUGGUGGUGAAGACCAGCACCUGCGCCCCUGCGGAGAGCCGUGCACGUGACGUGGAGUGUUCGGGGAAAGGAGCAUGCACCACGAAGCCCUCAGAGGUGACCUUUUCCUGCGCCUGCGAUGAUCAGUAUGUGGGGGCCUACUGUGAGGAGUUUGACGCCUGCCGGAGGACACCCUGCCAGAACAACGCGAGCUGUGUCGACGCGAAGGAGCAGCAAGACGGGAGCAAUUUCACCUGCGUCUGCCUUGCUGGCUAUACUGGAGAGCUUUGCCAAUCCAAGAUUGAUUAUUGUAUCCUUGACCCAUGCAGAAACGGAGCCACGUGCAUUUCUAAUCUCGGUGGAUUCACCUGCCAGUGUCCAGAAGGGUACUCCGGCGCCGCCUGCGAGGAGAAGGUGGACCCCUGUGCCUCGUCGCCCUGUCGCAACAACGGCACCUGCUACGCCGAGGGCCUGCGCUUCGGCUGCAGCUGCGCUGCGGGCUUCACGGGCCCCGCCUGCGCCCAGCUGGUGGACUUCUGCGCGCUCAGCCCCUGCGCCCACGGCACCUGCCGCAGCGUGGGCACCAGCUACAAGUGCCUCUGCGACCCAGGGUACCACGGCCUGUACUGCGAGGAGGAGUACAACGAGUGCCUGUCCGCCCCGUGCCUGAACGCCGCCACCUGCAGGGACCUGGUUGACGGCUAUGAGUGCGUGUGCCUGGCCGAGUACAAAGGAAUUCACUGUGAAUCCUACAAGGACCCCUGCGCUAACGUCAGCUGUCUGAACGGAGGCACCUGCGACAGCGAGGGCCUCAAUGGCACGUGUGUCUGCACACCAGGGUUUACAGGCGAGGAGUGCGACAUCGACAUAAACGAAUGUGACAGCAACCCCUGCCAUCACGCCGGCACCUGCCUGGACCAGCCCAACGGUUACGCCUGCCACUGCCCGCACGGCUGGGUGGGAGCGAACUGUGAAAUCCACCUCCAGUGGAAGUCCGGGCACAUGGCAGAGAGCCUCACCAACAUGCCCCGGCACUCCCUCUACAUCAUCAUCGGAGCCCUGUGCGUCGCCUUCAUCCUGAUGCUGAUCAUCCUGAUUGUGGGGAUUUGCCGCAUCAGCCGCAUCGAGUACCAGGGCUCCUCCAGGCCGGCCUACGAGGAGUUCUACAACUGCCGCAGCAUCGACAGCGAGUUCAGCAACGCCAUCGCCUCCAUCCGGCACGCCAGGUUUGGAAAGAAAUCCCGGCCCGCGAUGUACGACGUGACCCCCAUCGCCUACGAGGAUUACAGCCCCGAUGACAAGCCUUUGGUCACACUGAUUAAAACAAAAGAUUUGUAAUCAUUUUUUGGAUUAUUUUUCAAAAAAGAUGGGAUACUACACUCAUUUAAAUAUUUUUAAGAAAAUAAAAAGCUUAAGAAAUUUAAAAUGAUAGCUGCUCAAGAGUUUUCGGUAGGAUAUUUAAGAACUAAUUUUCUGCAGCUUUUAGUUUGAGACACGUAUUUUAAAAACUGAAUUUGAGAAGUCCAUAGACUACGUCUCCAUGUACUUUCAGCUCUCUAGACCCUGUGCUUCGAGUGGCGUGUGGUCUUUCCACGGUAGACCCUGUCGCGACACCCAGACUCACUUCUGCGGUUGUCACAGAAAUAGUCUCAUCGAGAAGUUUCUAGUUGGCGUGCGAGUGCCGGCUCUCUGAGUAGUUAGGAAACACGUAGAGUAUGACACGUAGUACAGUAUGCCCGUGACUUAAAAAGAAGUCUGAACUGUUGUUUUGUGAAAAAGAAACUAGUUACCUUUACUCUUCCUAACCCGGGCGAAUUGCUUCGCCUCAUUCCGUGCAUGGGUAGUGACUUCUUUCUGCACCGUUUGGUUGAACCUCGCGGAAACGUCCUUUUGAGUUUGUUUCUGGUCGUUUUCGUAACAGUCAUCAAGCUAGGCCUUGGAAACGUAGGUCGUGGAAGGGCCUAGUGAGGCAAACUGAGAUCGAGUGGGAUCUGUAGUUUGUUCAAAGUCAAGGUCUUUUCAAUGUAAGUGAGCUUUGCGUUGGAGCUGUCCGUUGCUAAGGGGUAGUUCGGGAGGGAGGGCCCCGGCCCUGCCGUAGCCAGUGUUUCUCAUAGUGCAUCUUUAUUUAUAUCCGGGGCAUUUUCGUGGCUGUAUCUGACUGGUAUGUGCUUCUUCUGAUUCUUGCUAAUUUCAAAGAAUAUUGAAUAAAUGUUACCAAGUCAAGGAA